AUAGCGCGUUUCCGGCUUUUCUCAGUUGCUGGGAUUCGUACACUUUCGGAGGAACUCGGGGACUGCGCCUUGCUCUCCUUGUUCGAACGCCCGGUGCGGUGGUGCCGGGGCUGGGGCUCCUUAAUGGCGUCCCCUUCUCGGAGACUGCAGACCAAACCAGUCAUUACUUGUUUCAAGAGCCUUCUUCUUAUCUACACCUUCGUCUUUUGGGUCACUGGCAUAAUCCUUCUUGCUGUGGGCAUUUGGGGUAAGGUGAGCCUGGAAAAUUAUUUUUUGCUUUUGAAUGAGCAGGCCACCAAUGUCCCCUUCGUGCUCAUUGUCACUGGCACUGUCAUUAUUCUUUUGGGCACCUUUGGUUGCUUUGCUACCUGUCGAGCUUCUGCAUGGAUGCUAAAACUGUAUGCCAUGUUUCUGAUUCUCAUUUUUUUGGUUGAACUAGUCGCUGCCAUCAUAGGAUUUGUUUUCAGACAUGAGAUUAAAAACAGCUUUGAGAAUAAUUAUGAGAAGGCGUUGAAGCAGUAUAACUCUACAGGAGAUUAUAGGAGCGAAGCAGUAGACAAGAUCCAAAGUAUGUUGCAUUGUUGUGGUGUCACUGAUUAUAGAAAUUGGGAAGAUACUCGUUAUUAUGCAGAAAAAGGAUUUCCCAAGAGUUGCUGUAAACUUGAAGAUUGUUCUCCACAGAGAGAUGCAGAUAAGAUCAACAGUGAAGGUUGUUUUUUAAAGGUGAUGGCCAUCAUUGAGUCAGAAAUGGGAGUUGUUGCCGGAAUUUCCUUUGGAGUUGCUUGCUUCCAGCUAAUUGGAAUCUUUCUAGCCUACUGCCUCUCACAUGCUAUAACAAAUAACCAAUAUGAGAUAGUGUAACCAGCAUAUAUACAGGCUUAUUCCUCUCCAACUUCAAGAACACUUAAACUUUGAACUCUAGGAUCACCUGAAUGGAAGACUGAUGAUAUUCAUUACCAAUAAGC